AUUCUGUCAAAUUUUAAGAACAAAUGUACCUUAUAGCUCAUGGAAGAAAAAACACAAAUCAAGACAUAUUUGGGUUCCAAGUUGCCAAAGUAUGGAACAAAAUCUGUGAGAAGUACACUGCAGCCAAUGCCAAAUGGGACACCUGUUAACUUAUUGGGAACUUCCAAAAGUAGCAACAUCAAAAGUUACAUCAAAAACAAUGGCUCUGAUUGUCCAUCGUCCCAUUCAUUUAAUUGGAGAACAGCAACUCAGUAUGGACUUAGUACACAAAGUGCUGAAGAGCCCAGUGACACUCAGAGUGCACAUGAUGUAGUAAUUGAUCCUGAAAGACAUGCACCUGCUCAAGGAAUGUUUGCUAAAAAUGGGAUAAAGGGAGGUUUGAAAAGUGUUUCUUUAUUUACAUCAAACUUAGCAAAGCCAUCCACUAUGUUUGUGUCAUCUGCAGAGGAGUUAAAACAAAAGUCUUUGUCUGGACCAUCUAAUUUGGGUAAAUUUACCAAAGGCACGUUAUUAGGAAGGACUUCAUAUUCUUCAGUCAGUGCUCCAAAAUCGCAGUUGAAUGGAUUUUAUGUAAAUCGAUCAUCUGGUAGCAUACAGAGACCUAGAGCAAACUCCUGUGCUACCAGAAGCAGUUCUGGAGAAAGCUUAGCACAAUCCCUAGACAAUAUUAAAUCUCUUACUUGUGAAAAAAUGGUAAGGUCACAGAGUUUUUCACAUUCCAUUCAGAAUUCAUUCUUUCCACCUUCAUCUAUAACCAGAUCACAUUCCUUCAAUAGAGCUGCAGAUCUUAUUAAGCCUUAUCAGAACCAACAUCUACCGGUUAGAGUGCCUCUGAGGUCAAGUAUGCUAUCAAGAAAUUCCCAGCAGUCAGAAGUACUCAACAGGAAUGAACAUUUAGGGUAUGGAUUUAAUAGGCCUUAUGCUGCUGGUGGAAAGAAGUUGGCUUUACCAAAUGGCCCAGGUGUAACUUCCACCUUGGGUUAUAGGAUGGUUCAUCCCUCUCGACUGAAAUCUAGCCGAUCUCCAUUUUCUGGGACUAUCACAGUUGAUGGUAAUAAAAAUUCACCGGCUGAUACAUGUGUAGGGGAAGAUACUGCACUUUUGGCUAAGGACAGAACUGCUGACAAGGACCAAGAACUAACUGAAAAUGAUAGUUAUAGGACAGAAAAUGGCCAGCCCAUGAAGCAGGACGCUAAAAUUAGGUACCUGAGUGAUGAUGUGGAUGACAUUUCCUUGUCUUCUUUGUCAUCUUCUGAUAAGAAUGAUUUAAGUGAAGACUUCAGUGAUGAUUUUAUAGAUAUAGAAGACUCCAACAGAAGUAGAAUAACUCCAGAGGAAAUGUCUCUCAAAGAAGAAAAGCAUGAAAAUGUACCACCAAAGGAUAUGUUUGAUUCCCCCAAGGAAAAUGAAAAAUCCUUCAGUAAAACUGAUGAGUGGGUAGAUAUAAGUGUCUCUGACAGGAGUGAAUGUACAAAACAUACCUCUGGGAAUAACUUGAUUUCACCAGAUACAGAUUACAGAGCUGGUUCUUCAUUUGAACUCUCUCCAUCUGAUAGUUCUGAUGGAACAUACAUGUGGGAUGAAGAGGGCUUGGAGCCCCUUGGAAAUAUCCACCCAGUUGGGAGCUAUGAAUCCUCCGAAAUGAACAGCAUAGAUAUUCUGAAUAAUCUUGAAUCAUGUGACCUGGAGGAUGAUGACCUUAUGCUUGAUGUGGAUCUGCCUGAGGAUGCAUCUCUUGAAAAUGUGGAGUGUGACAAUAUGAAUCGCUUUGAUCGAUCAGACAGAAAUGUUCGGCAGUCUCAGGAAGGAUUUUGGAAAAGGCCACCCCAGAGGUGGAGUGGACAGGACCAUUACCACCUCAGCCAUUCUGACCGCUAUCAUCACCAUGGAAAAAAUGACUUGAGCAGAGGCUCUCCCUACAGAGAAUCUCCUUUGGGUCAUUUUGAAAGCUAUGGAGGGGCCCCGUUUUUCCAGGCUCAGAAAAUGUUUGUAGAUGUUCCCGAAAAUACAGUGAUACUGGAUGAGAUGACCCUCCGGCACAUGGUCCAGGAUUGUACUGCUGUAAAAACUCAGUUACUCAAACUGAAACGUCUGCUGCAUCAGCAUGAUGGAAGUGGUUCGUUGCAUGAUAUCCAGCUGUCAUUGCCAUCUAGUCCGGAACCAGAAGAUGGUGAUCAAGUACAUAAGAAUGAAGAUUUAUUAAAUCAAAUAAAACAACUUAAAGAGGAAAUAAAGAAAAAAGAUGAAAAAAUCCAACUAUUAGAACAUCAGCUUGCAAAUCGAUGUAAUUGCCAUCAAAAAUCUAAAGAGGAAAAAUGCACAUAUGCCAAUAAAUAUACCCAAACACCCUGGAGAAGAACUCCUCCUCAAGUACUACAGCCUUCCAGCAGCCUUCCCAGACCCACAGACCACGCCCAGGGAAAACUGAUAAAAUCGCAACAUACCGAGGACCACAGUGAAUGCACAAUCCAGGGCACACAUCAGGGUGCUGCAUACCUGGAUGAAAGCUUUACACAUGACUUGCAGCAAGAAAGCAACUGUGGUCUGGAAGACCAGCCUUUUUCCUCAAGCCCACAGCUCACUAAGGAUGUGGCUAAGAGUACACCUUUGGCAGCAGACUUGAACGUGACCAUGGAUGCUCAAGAGUCUUAUCAUUUGGCAAAUAAUACAGUUAGUGACAUGCAGGCUGUACCCACUUCGUCUCAAUCACUUACCCAGUCAAGUGCAGUAGGCCAGGCUGAGAAAGCUGGAAGAAACCAGCCUUCACCAGAGGACUGCACCUCUCAGCCCAAGUCAUUGCAGCUUUUUAAGACACCCAUCUUGAAUUCUUUGGUACCUCCUUCAGUUUCUGAAUCAUCUCCAAGUAGGACUCCCACUUGUAAGAACUCACCAAUAAUCACACCAUGUAAUUCAGCAAAAAUUCAGCUAACAUCUAGUCAAACAAAUCUUGCAAAUAAUCUAAAUCCAAGAGCAUCUAAGCUCCGCCCUCCUUCUGGAUCUUUCAAACAAAAACAAAUAAGCAACCCCCGACUAGAACCCCAGAACUUCCAGGCCAAGACAAGCAUCCCAAGGCCAUUAACAAAAAGAAAAGAAAUCAUGCAGAAUCCAAAUGGCAAUUUGAAUUCUGGGGAUUGUCUGUCCUCUCAUCGAUACUCUCGUCUUCCUAAACCAAAGAUACAUUAAGUGCAUAGCCAUCGCCUGCCAGUUUGUUUUUCUAAAAAGCAGUCUGUUUUGUAAUAGCUUUACAUGCAGUUUGCUGCUGUGAUCGAGGUUCCAUUGAAAGCUUGCAAAUCUUUAACAUUAAAAUGUGGAAGCUUCUACUAGUUUGAGCUCUUCCAUUUCAUAUCCUGGUUGAAGUACAUAGCAUUUGAGUAUAUCUGUCUCAGGUAAACACAAAAGUUUGCUUACGCAUAUCAGAGGCCUACAGAAGGCUCUGGUGAUCUUAUCCAUUACUCUGCACAUCAGAAAAUUCAUAAUAUUUCACGUAGCAGGCAAGAAUGUGCUUUGUGUAUUUAAUCCUUUUAAGGUCUGUAUUAAAUGCAGUUCUCAGAGCCUCACCCUUUUCACUUGUCCAUCUUGGGAAUAUGGUUAUUACUCUAACUAAAGAAUUGGUGAUAAUGGAAGGCGCUAGUCUGUAAGCAGAGUUCUGGCCAGUGAUUUGUAUGUUUAAUAAAAGGUCUAUGCAAAAGCUGUAUGAUGAAUAAAGGAGAUCAAGCCUUUAGUGGGAAGUCUGUGUAAGUUUUAUUUUCCUUGUUAGGGUCAGCAAGCUAUUCUCAAUGUGUAUGUAUCAAAUACUCCAGGCGGAGAUGUUUCAUAUUAUGUAUAAACCAAUUAUAUAUUACUUUAACAUCUUGUUUUAUACACACACACCGUUGUGUUUGUUUUGGAUGAUGGAUACAUUUUGGAAAGCUUGGGAUACAUCUUGAAACAUGUAUCUAAAGGUGUAUUCAUUUAUAAGAUGCUGGUGCUAGACUUUUGCUGGUAAUUCAGUUUUGAACCCUAUAGGCUUACAGAUUCGUGAUAGCUGUUUGGAAGUCUCACAGCAUAUAUUUUAAAUGAAGUCUUUAUUGUAAUAUGUAUAUUUAUUGACUUUCUGCUAAUAUCUGAUGACUGGUAUACUGGGACUUGAAAUGAUUGCACAAAACUUUGAUGGGAUAUAAAUAUCCCAUGCAUAGGGAUUUAAGACUAUUUUCUGUAGCAAAACAAGUUAAAAUAUUUUGGCAAUAAUUAUAAAUGUAAGACAAUCUUGAGAAAGCUAGAAUACACAAUACUUUUGUUUUGCUGAGUUUUUCAGGUUUCCCUUUUGUGUUGGUGUAUGUUUGAAUUUCAGUUUCUUGAAAAGUAAAUUUGGGAAGAAAAGUAGAAUUAGAGAGGGGAAAUGGUUUUAUUAAAAGGCACUAAAAGAUAUUUCAGUGGCAAUAUGUU